AGGUUCAGCAAUGAAGGAGGAGUGUCGGCCAUGUUGGUGCAGGUAACAGCACACCUGCUUGCUCUUAGCCGUUAACGAACUUGACCCGGCUGCUUUCAAAUCCGGUCACGACGUCUCCUGCCGACCCCGCUUCAAGAUGGCGCAGUCUCGUCGAGUCCAGCUCACCUCGGUCGGCGGAACCGUCGUCACUCCCAAGUCGCCCCCGGAACGAGGUUGUGCUCCGGGUUGCUCGUCGACGGGAUGCGGCGGUUCGGGCACGGUCCGACUCGUCGUCGACUUGUUUGCGCCGGAUGACCAUCACUUCCCCGAGUUUAGCUACACUCAAUUGCUGGAAAACAAGAUGAGAAGCAAAACCGGUGAAGUCCAGCCGAGGCUCGACUUGGAUUUGGAGGAGGACGUGAUUGAUUGCGUGAGGAAGAUGGAGGAGAAAUAUGCGCUCAAAAAAAAGGACCGCAUUCAAGACUUGAUCGACAUCGGUUACGGUUACGAUGAUGAGGAUUCCUUCAUUGACAACUCGGAAGCUUACGACGAGUUUGUGCCGUCCUCAAUCACCACCAAAUACGGCGGCUUCUACGUCAACUCCGGCGUGCUGCACUUCCGCCGGGUUUCCGACACGGAAACGGACGACGAGACCACAGAGGAGCGUGCGCCCAAAACCUCCGAGAAACGUAAACGCAAAGACAGACGAGAGAUGCCAAGGAAGAAAAUGAACAAAGAACUUGUACAGGAGAAGGACGUCAACGCUAAUGGAAAGCCAGGAACCGCAUCAGAGUUUGGAGCGGGCGAAGAGCAGAUCAUGAUAAAGAAGAAGAAGAAAAGAAAGGUGGCCGGCUUGCUGAGCGUCACCAGCAUGCUGGAGAAGUUCCGGCGCGAAAAGGAACUGGAGCGGAUGGCGGACGCGCCCCCGACUCCUGCGUCGCCGCCGUGCCCGCCGGACGCGGGCGGCGGGGGCUCGGGGCUGGCCGACCCGCUGCUCAAUUUGAUCGGCUCCACCAACGAUCACGCUCUUCUCCAGGCCGCCAGCACGGUAGAGUUUGACAUCGACUUGGACUGUUUGUUGGACAUCGAGGACGAGAUUUCAUCGCCCAAGUCAACGCCGCGCUCUUUAAUGGCGGCGCCGCCUCCAAACCAGCUCAGAACAGAUCAGCACGUGUCUGGAAUCUCAUGUGACGCAAGCAGAACGAUGGCCCAUCCACAAACUCCCCAUUUGGAAUCUGUGCCAUCUCUUCAGAGCGCCGUCCUACUCGAGGGACUCCCACCUCCCCUCGAGGAGAGCAUCAAGACAUUGAUGCUGGCAGCCAAGACUGCUGAGGGAGAGUCCAAAUUCAAGUUCUUCACCCCAGAAAUCAACUCUGUCCUGCUGGACAUCGAGUGUCAGUGCCGCGAGCACGGCAGCCAGUUGCGCUCCCGAGUGUACGCGCACCUGUCGUCCUUCCUGCCCUGCAGCAAAGAGACUCUCCUGAAACGUGUCAAGAAACUCAAGCUUGAAGAAAGCCUUUCAAACGUGGAGGAUCCGGUGCAGAAGCUGAAGGAGGCCAUCAGGCGAGCCAUGCCCGAGCAGAUCACGUGUUUCAACCAACAUUGUCAAGAAUAUGAGAAAGUAAAGACACUGAGGAUGUUGGAGGAUGGGAGUGAGGUCAGGCAAGGUUGCCAAGGGAACAAUGUGGAGGAGAAGGGCGUGAAAAGAGGAGGUCCAAAGAAGUUGUUUCAAUGGAACGAUGAGAUCAGGGAGCUGCUCGGUCACUUUUUGAGAGAAAAACUUGCCGUAUACGAAAGUAGACGGGAUGGCAACCAGCAUCUGGACGACUACCUCAAGGCCUUGUUGGUCAAUGACGUCAAAACUCUUUGGCCCAAAGGCUGGAUGCAGUCCAGGGUGCUGCUAAGAGAAGGCAGGAAGAUGUUGGGGCUCCAGCUGCCGUUACCAACAAAGAGAAACACUGGAGAUCCUCACUGACCAGACUCUGGCUCCCUCGGCCUCCACAAGCUCCUGGAGGUGGAUGUUGCCAGAUUUAUUUAUUUUUUUGUGGGGGUGGGGUUUAAUUUUUUUUUUUUAAAGAUUAAGUAAAAAAGAAUAAAUAA